AUGACUUCAUCAAGCUUCUCACCAGCUGCACCUCCAGUUUUCAAUGGAGAAGGAUAUCACAUUUGGGUAGUCAAGAUGAGAACCUACCUCCAAGCAUUUGAUCUAUGGGAGGUAGUUAACUCAGAUGUUGAACCAGAACCAUUGAGAGCAAAUCCAACAGUGGCUCAAAUGAAGCAGUACUCUGAAGAAAAAAGUAAAAAGCACAAGGCCAUGUCAUGCAUUCAGAAUUGUUUUUCCGAUGCAAUUUUUACUAGAAUCAUGGCUUGUAAAAUACCAAAACAAGCCUGGGACAAACUUAAGGAGGAGUUCCAAGGCACAGAGAGGACAAGGCAGCAGCAGUUGUUGAAUUUGAGAAAGGAGUUCGAGAACUUGAAAAUGAAGGAAGAAGAAUCUGUCAAGAAGUAUUCUGACAGAAUCAUGGUUGUAGUUAACAGCAUAAGGCUCAUUGGUGAGCAAUUUGAUGAGGCAAGGAUUGUGGAGAAAGUGCUCUCUACCUUACCAGAAAGGUAUGAGGCAAAAAUCUCAUCUCUUGAAGACUCAAGGGACCUCACCAGCAUCUCUUUAACAGAGCUGAUCAAUGCUCUAUAUGCACAACAGCAAAGGAGGGCCAGCAGAUCGGAGGAGCACCAAGAAGAUGGUGCAGGAAGCUAUCCACCCUGCCCAAACUGCAAAAGGGUAAGUCAUCCGGGUAAAGUAUAUUGGUUUAGGCCUGAUGUGCAGUACAGAUUCUGCAAGAAGAUGGGUCAUGUAGAAAAGGUCGAAAAUGGACACUUCAUCAAAGUUGAAGGCAAAGGAGAUGUGCUGAUAAACACUCCUAUAGGUACCAAACUUGUUACAAAUGUCUUGUUAGUGCCUGAAAUUGAUAGAAAUUUGCUUAGCAUUGCUCAACUGCUUGAGAAGGGCUAUUCAGUUGUAUUCAAAGGCAAAGAAUGUCUGAUUAGUGAUCCUAGUGGAUCCAAGCUCAUGACAGUAGCUAUGACAGAAAAAAGUUUUAUUGUUGACUGGAAUAAGAGUCCAGAUAGUGCCCUGCAAAUUACCGCAGAUAAAUCCAAGUCAGGUCACAAGAAGCUUAGCCAUGCCAACUACAUGUCAAUGGCUCAGCUAACCAAAGAAGAUUUGGUUGAAAAUUUACUAAUUCAGUUGAGAAAGAAAGGAAACUUUUGA